AUGGCCGCAGCAUCGUUCUUAUUAACGGACAUUAGUCUAAGCAUAAUCUAUCGAUUACUAGUGAGACAUAUACGUGAUGCCUCGUCAAAAUUCAAUAGCAACCAACAGGUGCGAAUGCAACGCGACUUGACAGUAGUGCGUCGUAUUGUUUUACUCAAUUCUCAAUUGUUCGUCGCCGGAAUUCCAGUACUGGUUCUUAUCAUUAUAACUGUCAUUCGUGUGGAUCUCUUACCUUAUAAAUUUAUGCGCAUUUUACUCGUCAUGUCGAAUUUACCGUACUCCCCCAUGUUGGUUGUCUUGUUAUUACAGACUCCGGAUCUUCGACAAAGUGCCAUUGAGUUUGAUAAUUCUACUCACUGUUAUGUUGGUGGCCCACGCAAUACUCAAAUGAGAAGUGUUGGCUUAACUCUGGAUGAUAUUUUACGGUUGGAAAUAAAACGAAAUACAGCUCUACAACAUCAAUCAUUUCCUAUCAAAAUUAGUACUGUUUUAACAAUAAUUAUGUUUGUGGUGGGUGUUAUGAAUAGUGCUUGUUCGAUGUUAAUGUUUCAGGGUGAAAGUUCGAGACAAGUUGAACGCGGAUUGUAUCUUCUUGUAUCAUCAGUUACUUCUCUACUGACAGUUACAAUGUUUACAAUUAAGUUUUGAGAUUUUUCUGUGAGUAGUCAGUUAUACUCAAGAGAAAGAUAUCAAACACGAACAAAACAUAUAACAAUGGCUGAUAUAAUAGUUUACAUACCUGAUAUUCCUGUGGACGUCGAUGGCGUAGAACUCGAAGAACAAAUCAAGACUCGUUUGAAGACAGGCCAUCGCCUAGAUGUACAAAGUGUCCAAUGUUAUCCCACACUAGGUGUCGCUGUCAUCAAUAUGCUAAAUGAAGAUGACAAACAUCACCUGAUUUCCGAGGUUGAGACAACUGUCCUUUCCAAGAAUAGUGGCACUAAUAUAACAUUUGUCGAAGAACUCGAACUUGAUUCUUACAUCGUAAUUGGUUCAGAGCUGAAAAAGGCUCUUUCGGCUGAUGAAGUUGCCCAACGGUAUGCAAACGCAUAUAAAACAUCAAAGACGCGUCGUUGCGAAAUCGUCUCCGAUCAGUUCCCUAAUGUCUUUCGAAUCUAUUACAAAAAGCUUGCUGAACUAAUUCAAGCAGCCACUACACCUGACUUCAAAAUCGAGGCUGCGUUUGCUACUGUUUAUCCACGUGCUGACUGUUGUUUUUUCGAAGACUUACCAACAAACACUAAUAACGAAAAACUCAUGUCAGCUAUUGCUGUUCAACUUGGUGAACCUUCACUACAUACAACCUCACUCUAUACACGGUACAAUAAACAAACUGGUAAUGCGAUUGUGAUAGCGUCCAAGUCUCUCAGGAAAUGGACAAAAGAGGCUACAAUAAAAAUCGAUGAACAUACCAUAUCCAAAAAACAUAAACUUUCCUACCGAGUACUCAUUUCACCCGUUCACAAUGAUACCGAAGUUNAUCAGUUCCCCAAUGUCUUUCGAAUCUAUUACAAGCAGCUCGCUGAACUAAUUCAAGCAGCCACUACACCUGACUUCAAAGUCGAUGCUGCGUUCGCUACUGUUUACCCACGUGCUGACUGUUGUUUUUUCGAAGACUUACCAACAAGCACUAAUAACGAAAAACUCAUGUCAGCUAUUGCUGUUCAACUUGGUGAACCUUCACUACACAAAACCUCACUCUAUACACGGUACAAUAAACAAACUGGUAAUGCGAUUGUGAUAGCACCCAAGUCUCUCAGGAAAUGGGCAAAAGAGGCUACACUAAAAAUCGAUGAACAUUCCAUAUCCAAAAAACAUAAACUUUCCUACCGAGUACUCAUUUCGCCCGUUCAAAAUGAUGACGAAGUUGAGAAAAUACUUCGAAACAAACUAUUUUACAACCGAGUUGCAUCACAUAAACGUGUAAACGACAAACUUAUCAUUGAAUUGAACGAUAUAAAUCAUUUUCAUGAAUGUUUGGACAUUGGAGGCUUCGGAAUAGAUGGCAAAGCCUUGACCGUUAAGCCACAUACUCGAGUCAGUGAUCCGGACUCAUGUGAACUCGAUGCUUUGAACUGGUAUGAUACAGAUAUGUUGGAUAUCAAACCUGAUAUCACCACAAUCAUCAAUGAUCAUCAACAUCCCAUAUUUCGCUUUAAAUGGAAUGCUCAGAACUUCCUAGAGCAAAUGAACAAAGCAGCGGCUAUUCCUGUCAAAGGUUAUGAUCUCGCAAGACAUCUACUACGGGUGACUGUUAUGCUCAACACUAUAGGCACCCUAAGAAAGAAACAGUAUACGGUCGAUGACACUCUAGUCAAACUAAAACUUGAACGAAUACAAACCAUAGGCUACAAUCACCAAUCCAAACUAUUCACAAGAAAAACACUGUCACAAACAGAUUUACAAACACCCUAUCCAAAAACAACUGUUCAAGUCGUCGAAGAAGAUUGUCUUGUUCUCUAUGAACAACUGGUGGCAAAAGGGCGUCGACCAUUGCUGCUCAAUAUGGCUAAUGCAACUAGUCCAGGUGGUGGCUAUCGAAAAGGUGAUGGUGCACAAGAAGAAAAUAUUUUUCGUCGUUCCGACUACUACCACAGUCUCGAUGGAGAAUUAGCUGAUCGAACUCGAUCAGAACGACACUACUACACACCAAAGGGUGAACUUAAACAGUUGAAAGGAUUCGGUGACUUCUAUCCGAUGGAAGAGUUUGGAGGCAUCUACACAGCAGGCAUCACUGUGUUUCGCGGAACUGAACCUCUCUACAAUCCUUAUUCUAUUCCUAUGGCAGCUUAUCGAGAUCCUCCUCUCACUCCUGACAACAAACUGCAAAACAGACCUGCCAUGAAUACUCGUCGAAAAAUUGAGAACAUCUUCGCCAUCGCACAUCAUCAAAAGCAUGAUUGUCUAGUGUUGUCUGCAUUGGGUUGUGGUGCUUUUCGAAAUCCACCUGAACAUGUUGCUCGGCUGUUCAAAUCAGUUAUUUUACAAUAUGCUGGCUACUUCGACACGAUUUAUUUUGCCAUCAUCAAUGAUCACAAUGCAAAAGGUGUGGUGAAUCCAAAAGGAAACUAUGGGCCAUUCAAAGCUAUACUAGACGGCUUUGAAGUGGAACCACCGAAAACGUUACGAAUGGAUGGAGUGAGUGGACCAUAUCGUGUUCUUGACAAAACAGCAGAUGGCCAAUUGACAUUGGAUGAUGUCAUCAUCUCACAAGCAUCUCCUUGUCAACACGGCAACAGCUGUCGUGAUAUAAGAACUAAAGAUAACAGUCAACAGUUUUCACAUCCACUAAGAUGUCCAUUACAGAAAGCGAACUCAGAAUGUGAACACAUGGAUGACGACGUACAUGUGGCUACCUUUAUGCAUACAAAAAAGUGUGAAAAAGGUGGCGGAUGCACCAGCACAGAUGCAGCACAUUUGAGUGACUUCGAUCAUCNAAACAGUUGA